AUGAUUAUUGCCAUACAAAAUUCAUCUGAAACCCUUUGGAUUCCAGUUUUCUCUUUAAAUGAUAGAGCAUUCGAAUCUCCAAUUUAUAUAAUUUUCGCUAUUUUUCAACUAAUUAUCUACUUAAUUACUGCCUACGUAAUUAUUCGGACCUGCUCAAUCUUCCUAUCCAUCCGAAUAUUCCACGAGAACAAAAAUUAUCUGAUGGCAGUAUUUUUAUUCCAAUGGUUUGAAGCAAUUCUAGCCAAAUCUGUGAUGAUUCCCUAUCAAAUUGGUCUAAUUGUAAUUGGAAAUGACCCAAAAAAGUCGUUCUAUUCGUGGUGGAGCUCUUCGGAGCAGGAAAUGGCUUUUGUGAAAAAUACGCAAGAGAUACUUCCUUUGUACAUUGCUAGCUACGUUUUUCGUCAUUAUAUGUUUUCAAUGUUUUUUGGAAUUAUGGCCAUUGGGUUUGAGAGAGCAUGUGCAACUUAUUAUAUUCAAGACUACGAAUGCGUCCGCCGUCGUCACAUCCCUAUAUUCCUUAUCAUUUUCGUCAAUUUUACAACAAUCCCUUAUGCCUAUUUUUUAAUCCAUAACAUGAUCCCAUUUAUGGUUGUCUACGCACAUUGGGCUUUUUGUAUUAUUUCAGUCUUUGUCGGAUAUUUUGUCAUUUUAAAAAUCAAUUUUGGAUUCCGAAAUCAGUUGAAGAAGAACUGCGAUCAUCGGAAAUAUACGCUGGCUAGAAAAUUUCAAGUGGAGGAGAACAUUAGAAGUUUGACUAUUGCCAGAAAAUCCGUCUACGUGAUUAUGGUUUACAUUUUUCUGUGUCUUUUAUUUUUCAAAAUUCUGAUGAGUGGGAUCUUACCAGAAUAUAACAUAGUUUUAGUUCAUAUUCUGGAUAGUCUCUUGAUGUUACCCGCUCUUGUGAUGUGUAUCUCUUUACUCUUAUCCUGCCCUUCGUGGAAAGAAGAAUUCCUAAAAAAUCUGCCGAUAAUUGGAAAUCAUAGAAGUUCAAGAAUUGGAAAUUAUGACUUCCGCCAGAAAAAAUCAGUGGUUUCUGAGUCGGAAGUGUAUUUCGAGCAGUUGAAAAGUUCCUGGAAU